AUGUGUACUAAUUUUUGUGUUAAGCCUGAGUUUGUGCUCCAAGGAGUUGAACAAUAUGUAGAGAAAGUGGCAUUCGUAGAAGCCGUGACGGGAAAAUCGGUCACGUACGGUGAUGUUGUGAGGGACUCGAAGAGGCUAGCCAAAGCGUUGGUAUCACUUGGAUUAAGGAAAGGUCAAGUGAUGGUUGUGGUUUUGCCAAACGUGGCCGAGUAUGGGAUUAUUGCCCUUGGCAUUAUGUCUGCCGGUGGAGUCUUCUCCGGCGCUAACCCGACGGCUCUUGUCUCCGAGAUCAAGAAGCAAGUUGAAGCUUCCGGUGCUAGAGGGAUCAUCACUGAUUCUACUAACUUUGAAAAGGUGAAGACACUAGGUGUACCGAUAAUAGUGUUAGGUGAAGAGAAGAUCGAAGGAGCAGUAAACUGGAGAGACCUUCUAGAAGCAGGAGACAAAUUAGGAGACAACAACAAAGUAGAGAUUCUUCAGACAGAUCUCUGUGCACUUCCUUUUUCUUCAGGCACAACAGGAUUACAAAAAGGAGUGAUGCUCACGCAUCGCAGCCUCAUAGCAAAUCUCUGCUCAACUCUCUUCAGCUUCCGGUCUGAAAUGAUAGGUCAGGUCGUGACUCUUGGUUUGAUCCCGUUCUUUCACAUUUACGGCAUCGUUGGCAUUUGUUGUGCUACGAUGAAGAACAAAGGCAAAGUUGUUGCUAUGAGUCGGUUCGAUCUAAGGCUUUUCUUGAAUGCUUUGAUCGCUCACGAGGUCUCGUUUGCGCCUAUUGUCCCGCCGAUUAUAUUGAAUCUUGUCAAGAAUCCGAUCGUUGACGAGUUUGAUCUUUCCAAGCUUAAACUCCGUUCCGUUAUGACUGCUGCUGCUCCUUUAGCUCCUGAGCUUCUCACUGCCUUUGAAGCCAAGUUUCCUAACGUUCAAGUCCAAGAGGCUUAUGGAUUAACGGAGCAUAGUUGCAUUACGUUAACUCAUGGAGAUCCUGAGAAAGGACAAGGGAUUGCGAAAAGAAACUCGGUUGGUUUCAUACUUCCGAAUCUUGAGGUGAAGUUCAUAGAUCCUGACACCGGCCGGUCACUGCCGAAGAACACUUCCGGUGAGAUAUGUGUGAGGAGCCAAUGUGUCAUGCAAGGUUACUUCGAGAACAAGGAAGAGACAGAGAAGACUAUCGAUGAAGAAGGGUGGCUUCACACUGGUGAUAUAGGUUACAUUGAUGAUGAUGGAGAUAUCUUCAUUGUUGAUCGUAUCAAAGAACUCAUCAAAUACAAAGGUUUUCAGGUGGCUCCGGCGGAGCUUGAAGCUAUUCUACUCACUCAUCCAUCCGUUGAGGACGUUGCCGUUGUGCCGUUACCGGACGAGGAAGCCGGAGAGAUUCCGGCGGCAUGCGUUGUGAUAAACCCUAAAGCGAAAGAAAAGGAAGAAGACAUCCUUAACUUUGUUGCAGCAAAUGUGGCUAACUACAAGAAGAUUAGAGCCGUUUAUUUUGUGGAGUCAAUCCCCAAAUCUCUCUCUGGUAAAAUCAUGAGAAGGGUUCUUAGAGACAAGAUCCUCAGCAUCAAGAGAAAGUAG